AUGACGCGAUUCCGCCCUUGCAUAGACCUGCACGCCGGGCAGGUGAAACAGAUCGUCGGCGGCACGCUCGACAGCACGACGGCGGAGCUCAAGACCAACUUUGUCUCGACACACCCACCGGCGCACUUUGCGCGGCUCUACAGGGACAACGGCCUCGCCGGGGCCCAUGUCAUCAUGCUGGGCCCCGGAAACACGGAGGCGGCCCGGGAAUCGCUCAAGGCGUGGCCGGGCGGGCUGCAGGUUGGGGGAGGCAUCAACGACGAGAACGCGAGGGAGUGGAUCGAGGCCGGGGCCGAGAAGGUCAUCAUCACGUCGUACCUGUUUCCGGACGGGCGGUUCAGCCAGGAGCGGCUGGACGCGGUGCUCCAGGCGCUGGGCGGCGACCGGAACAAGCUCGUCAUCGACCUCAGCUGCCGACGGCGCGGGGACGACAGGUGGUUCGUGGCCAUGAACAAGUGGCAGACCAUCACGGACAUGGAGGUCAAUCAAGAGUCGAUCAAGCUGCUGGAACCCUAUUGCUCAGAGUUCCUCAUCCACGCAGCGGACAACGAGGGCCUCCAGAAGGGCAUCGACGAGAAGCUCGUGGAGAGGCUGGCCGAGUGGUGCAGCCUGCCGGUCACGUAUGCGGGCGGCGGCCGGAACUUGGAGGACUUGGACAUGGUGAAGAAGCUCAGCAAGGGCAAGGUGGACCUGACGAUCGGGAGCGCGCUGGACUGUUUCGGCGGCAAAGGCGUGAAGCUCGAGGAGUGCGUCGCGUGGAACCGGGCUCAGCAGUAA